CGGUGGUUCAAAAGGAUCUCUUUGAAAUUCUGAUUUUGUUCAGAACUUUCAAAUAUGUAUUAUUGUGUGAUAUAAAGGCUAUGUAUCGCCAAAUUUUGAUUGAGGAUAAGUAUCGUUGUUUGCAAAAUAUCUUGUGGCGCGAUUCUCCUGACGAGUCAGUCAAAUGUGUACAGUUGCAGACAGUUACAUAUGGUUUAAAGAAUUCUGCGUUUUUAGCAUGUAGGUGUUUGUUAGAAUUAGCCCGAAGGUAUGAAAGUCAAUAUCCUUUGGCUUCGUUUGUGUUGAAGCACACGUGUUAUGUCGAUGAUAUUCAGUGUGGUUCUAAUGAUUUGAAUGAGCUUGCGCAGAUGAAAAAGGAGUUGAUAGGGCUAAUGAAGUUGGCUAGUCUGUCUCUACACAAAUGGUGUUCUAAUAACCAAGAAAUUUUAAGCGACAUACCCGUUGAAUUGCAUCAGCUCGAUAGUAGGAGCUUUGAUAAAAAUAAUGAAUAUGUUAAAACUCUUGGAUUAACAUAUGACGUCAUUACUGAUACUCUCGAUAUGAGGUGUCCUGUUAAAGAGGUUCAAGAAAAGUACACGAAGCGUCAGAUGCUUAGCUUCAUAAGCAAAUUUUUUGAUCCUUUAGGAUUGUGUGGCCCUGUGUUAGUGCAGGCAAAGAUAUUAAUGCAACAGGUUUGGUUUGAAUCGUUGAAAUGGGAUAAGGUUUUACCUCAAGGUCUUAACAAAAAAUGGGUUGACUUUGCCAAUAGCUUAGUUCAAAUGUCCAGCAUCUCGAUCGCUAGGAAUAUCAAUGUUCAAGGAGCGCAAUCGUUAGAAUUAGUGGGAUUUGCUGAUGCUUCUAAUGCUGCUCAUGGAUGUUGUUUGUACUUACGUGUCAUUGAUGCUGACAACAAGGUUUCGGUGAAUCUUUUGUGUUCGAAGACGCGCAUCAAUCCUAAGGCUAAAUCCUUGACCAUCCCAAAAUUGGAACUGAAUGCUGCCCUGUUACUGGCUAUUCUAGUUCGGAAGGUGUAUAAUGCUCUGUCCUUAAAAUACUCAGUGAGUGUUCACGUUUAUAGUGAUUCCAUGAUUUUACUAGCUUGGUUAAAAACAUUACCGGUUAAGCUUAACGUGUACGUAGGUAACAGAGUUGAUAAGAUUAACAAGCUAUCCUCCGACUUUGAAUGGCAUUAUGACAACUGAUACUUUUUUAGGGUGUCUUAAAAGAUUUAUAUCUCGUAGAAACAAACCUACUAAAAUAUAUUGUGACAAUGCAGCCUAUUAUAAAGGCGCGGAAAAUGUUCUUAAGGAAUUGUAUGACCUUCAAAAUUCCGCUAAUCACCAAUCGGCUGUGAUUGACUUUUCUAGUUCUGAAAGAAUAUCCUUUCAUUUCAUUCCUUCUUAUUCCCCAGUGUUUGGUGGUUUGUGGGAAGCUGGUAUUAAAAGUGUUAAAUAUCACAUGAAACGUGUAAUUGGUAAUACGGUGUUUACCUAUGAGCAAAUGUACACAAUUUUGGUUCAAAUCGAAGCCAUUUUGAACUCUAGGCCGUUGACCCCUAUGUCUAGGGAUCCUAGUGAUAUGACCUAUUUAACUCCUGGACAUUUUCUCACUGGUAGUUCACUGACUUCUUAUCCAGAAACGGAUAUUACAGAUGUAAAUAUAGGUAGAUUAAGUUUUUGGAAACAAUGUGUUCAAUUGCAGCAACAUUUUUGGCGGCAAUGGCAUAAGCAGUACUUGGUUAUGCUGCAGAGUAGGCCGAAGUGGAGAAAUGAGUCUCCCAACUUAGAAAUAGGCACUUUAGUUUUGUUGAGGGAAGAUAAUACCUCUCCGUUGUGUUGGCCAGUAGGUCGAAUUGUUGAUGUACAACCUGGUAAAGAUGGUAAGGUUCGAGCCUUGCAUGUCAAAACAGCAAAAGGUUUCAUUGUUAAAACGAGUGUUACCAAGGUGUGUCCCUUACCAAUUGAUUACAGUUAGGUAAACUGUUUUAUUCAUUUGUUAUAAUUUAGCGAUAAUGCUGAAGUUAGUUAAGGUUUAAUUUUUGUUGAUUUUUAACAUUGUAAAUGUUGUUUUUUGGCUAGGCCCCCAACAUGUUCAUAACCGAACACAA